AUGAGGAAGCUUUUUUGUAAUAUGUCAGAGGAUAAAGUAUGGACAACUGUGUAUCAUGAUCUGCAAAUGCAGACUUCUGUGGGAGGCAACAGCCUGGAAAAGUCACCUGUACUGCAGCUCAACUACAGUGCAACGAUGGACCAGAUUUCUGCCAUUACCAGCAGUGCUGAAUACUGCGAGCAGUUUAUCUCCUAUUCUUGCAAGAUGUCCCGGCUGCUGAAUACACCAGAAGGGAAUCCAUAUACCUGGUGGGUUGGAAAAGCCAACGAGAAGCACUACUAUUGGGGCGGAUCAGGACCUGGCAUUCAAAAAUGUGCCUGCGGCAUCGAACGCAACUGUACUGAUCCCAAGUACUACUGCAACUGUGAUGCUGAUUAUAAGCAAUGGAGAAAAGACACUGGGAUGUUGUCAUACAAAGAGCACCUACCAGUGAGUCAAGUAGUGGUUGGAGAUGUUGACCGGCCUGGGUCUGAAGCCAAAAUAUCUGUGGGUCCCGUGCGUUGUCAAGGAGAUCGGAACUACUGGAACGCGGCUUCUUUUGUUACUUCGUCAUCCUACCUUCACUUCUCCACCUUCCAAGGGGAAACCAGUGCAGACAUCUCUUUCUAUUUCAAAACAUCAGCCUCCGAUGGGGUGUUUCUUGAGAAUCUGGGCAACACUGAUUUCAUCAAACUGGAGCUGAAAUCUGCUACAGAGGUUUCCUUUUCAUUUGAUGUUGGAAACGGGCCCGUGGAAAUUGUCGUUAGAUCUCCCAACCAGCUCAAUGAUGACCAGUGGCAUCGGGUGAACGCCGAGAGGAAUGUCAAACAGGCCAGCCUGCAGGUAGACCAGUUACCCCUGGAGGUCCGGAAAGCACCAACGGAAGGACACACACGACUGGAAUUGUACAGCCAGCUCUAUGUUGGUGCUGCAGGAGGCCAGCGAGGCUUCCUAGGUUGCAUUCGUUCAUUAAGGAUGAACGGGGUUACGCUGGACCUGGAAGAGAGAGCGAAAGUCACGCCUGGGGUGAAGCCUGGCUGCUCUGGCCAUUGCACAAGCUAUGGGAUGUACUGCGCAAACGGCGGUAAAUGUGUCGAGAAAUACAAUGGCUACUCCUGUGACUGCUCCAAAACUGCCUAUGAUGGACCAUUUUGCAUUAAAGAUGUUGGAGCAUUUUUUGAAGAGGGAAUGUGGCUUCGUUACAACUUCCACUCCCCAGGGACUAGCAUGAAGGAUUUAGUUAGCCGAACACUUUUGAGUUCCACAGAUGCAGAGAUCACAGCACCCGACCUCAACUUGAACAAAGAAGAGCUCAGCUUCAGCUUCAGUACCACCAAGUCCCCUUGUGUCCUAUUGUACAUCAGCUCCUAUACCCAGGACUUCAUGGCUGUGCUUGUCAAGCCAUCUGGGAAUUUGCAAAUUCGGUACAGCCUAGGAGGGACCAAAGAGCCAUACAACAUUGAUGUUGACCACAGAAACAUGGCGAAUGGACAGCCCCAUACUGUUAACAUCACACGGAAUGGACGGGACAUAGUACUACAGCUUGAUCACUAUCCUCCAACAAGUUACAGCCUGCCAACAGCGUCUGACACUCAGUUCAAUUCCCCAAAGGCACUGUUCCUAGGAAAAGUUAUAGAAAUUGGGAAGAUUGACCAAGAUAUAUAUAAAUACAACACCCCAGGAUUCACUGGCUGCCUGUCGAGAGUACAGUUCAACCAGAUCGCUCCACUCAAAGCAGCUCUGAGACCUACCAACGCCUCCUCUCACGUCCACAUCCAAGGAGAACUGGUGGAAUCCAACUGUGGAGCAUCUCCACUCACCAUCCCACCAAUGUCGGCUGCUACGGACCCGUGGCACUUAGACUCAGCCAGUGCUGAUUUCCCGUACAACGGUCAAGCUAUAGGAGAUGGCGUUAACAGAAAUUCUGCCAUUAUUGGAGGUGUCAUUGCAGUGGUGAUCUUCACCAUCCUCUGCACCUUGGUGUUCCUGAUCCGCUACAUGUUUCGCCACAAGGGAACCUACCACACCAACGAGGCCAAAGGAGCAGAGUCAGCUGAGAGUGCAGAUGCUGCCAUCAUGAACAAUGACCCCAACUUCACGGAGACCAUCGACGAGAGCAAGAAGGAAUGGCUUAUUUAA